CGCACCUGCUGAUGCGACCUGCUUAGCUGCGCGUUAUCCGACCUCAUCCCUCCCGCCAUUGGCGAUUUACUAGACCCUCAUUCUCCCGGUCGCGGGGUUCACCAGUUCCUUCUGUCACUGUCAGAGAUACUACUCCGUACACACACACACACACAGGCGGCACACACACACCAACACCAACUCCAGCUCCAGCUCCAAUACACAGACAGCUUCGAGCAAAUUGGACAGCCCAGCCUUUCUCGAACACUGCGAUAAUUGCAGAGACACUCUAUUACACGCUUCCCAAGACGCGUCCAGCACAAACUGAGGCAGGGCUACCUACACUCAGGACAAGAACGCCACCGGAAGAUAGCCACGAGAAAUCCACAAGGCUGCCUCGCAAAUUGUUAUGCUGCGUACGAACAAUAAUACAGCGACAAAGCAGCCGACAGACGCUUCCUUUGCCUCUUAACAAUCGCCGUUGAUACCGACGCCCUCGCACCUCACACCUCGCUCCUCGCUCUCUUCAGCUUCCCACCAUCUAUCCUGUCGCAUUCCAUCGCAUACCGUCGCGUCGCAUAACCUCGCUCCGUGAACCCCUGGUCUACUUGUCUCCGAGACCCUGACCAGCAUCCUGUCGCCGUCGCCGUCCCUGAUGUCGACGACAUAAUCGACAACUCCGACCCAUCGUCAUCGUACUUGGCCGACUCCGUUCGCCCACGAGAUAAUCCCCGUCGCUUCCAGGCUGCGAAACCCCCUCCAUUCGCUGGGGAGUCGCGUUUUUCUUCACCCACCCCUCUCUACCACAGACACACACUCCUCGCGCAAACCCUCCGCGGGGACAGGAGCACAGAAGUCGCCCAGAAGGGCAUUCGGCUGCAAGUGACAAGCGCAAGCAUCCGACUAGGCCGCGCUACACCCAAAGGUACAUCCAGCUCUGCCAGCUCUACCUUACUUCCUCAAAGUACCAUUCAGGCUCUUCAGUCUAGCUGCCUGCUCAGGGAAGGGUACUUUGGCUUCACACCCGACGACGGCACGAUUCGACGAGGCACCUUCCAUUCACCCUCCCCCUCCGUACCACGACCUUGCCGUUCUCAUCAGGUCGCCCACUUCUCCCCGUCCAUCCAUCAUCUGUCUAUCCUAUCCGUAAUUACCAUAGGUAUACCUUACCACACGACGUCUUUGCGAACUCCAACCAACCAUCCAUCAUCUUCCCUCCUUCACCAUCGCACGCGCGCAUCUCCACCGGCAACAGCCUUCAGAUUCUGCGCCCACACUUAUUCUUUGCGUCUCGCGGCCUUGUUCACGUAGACAAGGGCUCAUCAACAGCUCCGUUUCUUAUUAUUCAGACGCCGCAAGACACACUUGCUUUACUUCUCGCCGCGUGGAAAUCAAGAGGAGGAAAAAUUCAGCAACUCUUCGCCACACGCUUCUCCUCCUCACAUCUUACAAAGCUGCUACACACAGGCCCUCUCGCCAAAGAACCUACCUACCCGUCACGCCCCAGGCCCCAAGGACACAGACCCUAUCCCAUACUCUAUUGAGUUCUACGGCUUGGUUGUACCGGCGCUGCAACUCAACUCUUGCAUUUCCAUCUAGAGUUCAGAGUUUCCUUAGCCAUACGCCCCCAUAACCCUCUUAUUCCUGUCCUGCGGUACGGAUACAGAAGAGCGAACAAAAGGCAAGAAAAAGCUUCUAUUUCGAUUUCUUCUCAGGCCGCUCCCCCUACCCGUCGUUACUCGACAUACUUUUCCGCCAGGGACAUUUCAGAGCAUCGCGCCAACCAUAUGCACGCAUAAGCCUGCCCUGCAUCACCCAACGCACCCUCCCCAGACCCAGUGUCGCCCUCGCCCGCGACCCGGCCGGAAGGCAAUCCAACUAUAUCAAGACACGUCUUUCGUUGUCCUGAUCUUGUCCUGACGAAUCUACCGGGAGACGUUUGCGCGCUCAAUGUACUCCACUCAGCCGAACGGAGCUGAUAGUGCGACAAUCAACCCGGCUGCCCUCAACUCUCCUGACCUGCUCAACGCAAGCACUCGCGGCAUCAAAAGAAGCCGCUCCCCGGACAACUUCCAGGAAAAUCCAUCUGCAGGCAUUGCCGGUGACUCCAACCCGAGAAAACGUGGAAAGUCAUCCAAGUCCAAAUCAUCCGGUGCCAUUUCCGAGACUGCCGGUCAGGCCCCAGUAGCCAACAUGCCUCAAAAUAUUCCACCACCGCAAACCCCCCAGAACCAGAGCGCGCCGCUGCCUGGGGGUCAAGCCGCCGUCAAUUACGCGCCCGCGCAGGCCUCGCCUCCGCCCAAGACGACACCAACAAAGACUACCUUGAAAGCUCUCCCUACAGUGAGAGAUCACACCACCGACCAGCUGAACCCCGCCGGCGACGAGUACCUCCCGAGAGAAAUCGACGAGUUUGGAGAGAAGAAGGUGAUGCCCAAUGGCCAGUUGUUGGGCGGCCGCGAAUACAGAUGCCGAACUUUCUUAGUUCCCAACCGUGGGGAUAAGCUUUUCAUGCUGGCGACUGAAUGCGCGAGGGUUUUGGGAUACCGAGACUCCUACCUUCUCUUCAACAAGAAUAGGUCGCUCUUCAAGAUCAUUGCCAGCCAACCCGAGAAGGACGACCUCGUCAGCCAAGAGAUCCUGCCAUUCUCUUACAGAUCGCGACAAAUUGCCAUUGUCACGGCCCGAUCCAUGUUCCGCCAGUUUGGAAGUCGCGUCAUUGUCAACGGUCGAAGAGUUCGGGAUGAUUACUGGGAGACAAAGGCCCGUAAACAAGGAUUCACAGAGGCCGACCCCGCUGGCGAAAAGCGUCCAGGAGCAGCCAAGGCCAGAGAAGCCGCAGCCGAGGCGCAGAACCAGGUCCUACUGGGUGGCCCUCACGGUGAGAUCGUCUACAGCAACACACCCAGCCAAUUCCCCGGCGCCCCUCAACCCCAAAUCGUCCAACCAGGUAUGCUUGGAGCGCCAACCGGAACUACGACCAGGAUGCCCGUGAUAACACUAGGAUCAGAGCUCAAUGACAACCGCCCUCGCGACUACAGCGGAAUUCUCAAGGGAGGUCCACGUCAGGAAAUUACCGGCCCGGCUUACCAGGAUCAAACUCGACCUGCUCAGAUUGGAGAAGUCCAUGCCCAGGCCCACCACGCUGCCGAGUACAACCGGUCUCUCAACCAGCAACGGGAGAUGCGAGGCGACUACCUCCAGGGUAUUUGGAGAAGGCCGCAUGAGCAGCCCCAGUCGACGAAUCUCGUACAAAAUGUCACCACCAGCGAAGCCGCCGUUCCUGCUACCCGAGCAACACAAUCGCCGCACACUACGGCGAGCAAUAUGCCGUCGCAGUCAGGCAUCGUGCCCAACCAAAGUCCUCAAAUGAUGAUGACAGCCCCACCGUACUCUCAAUCGAUCCAUGCGCAGAAUCCCAUCAGCCAGGCUCCAAUGAGAGGCAUGGCUCAGCCAUCUGCCCAAAAGAACAAUAAGCCGACGACGUUGCCUGCAGCCGGGAGUGCGAGCAGCAUGCCUCAGGGUGCCCAGGGCUAUCACUACCCAGGAACUGGCCAAAUGUGGCCCCAGACGCAGCAGACUCCUCAACAACACAACUACUCUGGAUACACGACACAGGGCCAGCAGCCGCAUCAGCAAUCGCCAGCUCCCCAACUGCGACAUGCAACCAGCGGCGUGCAGCCGGGCAUGCAGUUUUCGGGAAUGCCAGGCAUGGGACAGAGUUAUGGGGCCGCCGGCCAAGGGAUCUAUCCGACAGACCAAACCCCGCGUCAGUAUAUGCCCCAGCCGAACCAGGGAUCUCCGGCCGUGACGCAGGCCUGGUCCAACCAGCAAACGCCAGCCCAAUGGUGGUCGAACCAACCUCAAUGAGGACCGGAGAAGAGAGUCGAAACACGAUGACCCCGUUCAAGUCGCGAAUUCGCUUCUACAACAAACAGCGUUAUGUCAACUACACUUUUUUGUCCCUUUGAUAUAUAUAGGCGGCGGUUACUCCCUGGCUUUCGCCGGUUUGGCAGCCUUGCUGCCCUUCUGAAGGAUACCCAAGCAUACAGUUCGGUGGAGGCUAUGUGCUUUUGGGCUGCGGGCCUGUCAGUCUUCGUACAGCAUUUUGGCCGAGAAGGAUGGAUAGAGGAGUAGUGGGGAACUAGGAACACGGGGGCUCAGGUCCUCGGCGGAGGGAAGGGUCUUUUCACUGUAACGCGCCUCUAUUCGUGGUUUAGUCAAACUUGCUGGCAUCUUAGGGAGGAUGCAUUGUUUCUUUUCUGUUGAUCAUUGUUGGAUUCGAUUCUUUCAGACUCAUCAUCACCCGUGGACACCUUUUUUUCUGUUUCGACUGUUUCUGAUUUCUUUCGCCGUUGGCACACGGGCACCUCCGACUUCAGUUUGAUACCAUCGCCGUCCUCCAUCACCGAUUCGCUUCGCUUCACGAGCUGUCUUAGUUAGUCCUUCUCAUCUUCUCGAAUACACGAUACCACACGAAUACCACGUCCACGCUUUCACAUCGCCGCGAAACUGAAUACACAUCACUCAGCCACAUUAGCUGCCGCGGCAAUGUUGACGAAUAUGGCAGUAUUGAGCCUCGUUACUCAGCAGCACCUGAUCUCAGCGAAUCAGGAAGAUGUGGCCGCGAGGCCAUACACAGUGUCAGUUCUCUGGGAUCCUUGGAGCCUGAGCUUUCAUGCUUAAGACCAAGCUCAUCUCUCACGUUGAAGGACACUUGUGUUCUGGUGUGUUCUGAUAUCGAUAUGGCCCAUGAGGUAUGACCGGGCGCUUCUCUGACAGGGAGUCAAGGUUAUCACGAAAGCGAAGAACCAUGUGGACGACAAGUUACAAUAUGGUUUUAAGGUUUAUCCACAAUCUAGGGUGCACCCUUUUUACAGAGACAGCGAAAGCGCUUUGGGUCGUCCUUGGAGGGGGCACUUGACAUGGGCGAGGACCCUUUUCAGUCUGCACGUCGGCGGUCAAAUGAUUUUGGCCUUGUUUUAUCUUUGUGUCGGCCGAUACAGCAGCAUCGAUGGAGUUGUGUGUGUAUUGCUCUUGGGUGAAACUUGAUAUUGGUCGUAGUGUUUUGGUUAACCAGGAACCCGGGAAGCGCCAUGAUCCGGCAUCGGGGUGGGAUUUGUUUCGUUUCUUCCGCGGCAAAGUGGCAGUGGCAGGGAGGCUUCUCUGGGAUUGGAUUGCAUGAGGGCCGUGUCGAUCGAACACCUGUGGCUCGCGUUUGCUUUUUUGUUCGUCUGGGGUCCCUUUUUUUUUUUUUUCUUCUUGUUUCUUGAUUGUACAACUCGAUUGCGCGACUGACGGGCGGGCGGGCGGUGCGGACACGAGAUGAGAUGGGGUGGCCGUUUGGAG